AUGUCUCGGGCUCUCGAGAAUUUUAAAAAGGUCGAACGUCUCAACGACCAAAAUUUGUUCAAGAAUCUCAUCUUUGAAAAAAACUUGGAGCCAGAAGAUCAAUUGGACGCACACGAGAAGAUCUACCAAACAGCGUUGGAUCUCAUAAUAGAGUGGUUAGAGGAACUUGAGCCCCCUGUGAGUCCGAACCGAUCUCUUCAAACAGAACAGUCAUUUUCGCGAUCGGAAACAGCGUUAUCAGUGAAGCAUUUGCUGCCGAUCAAAUUGCCGCCGUUCUCAGGCAAUUUCACAGAAUGGGAGAGCUUUCGCGAUAGAUUCACCGCAUUAAUCACUGAAAAUAAGGAUCUCUCCGAUUUCUCGCAAAUGCAUUUCCUCGUAUCAAGUUUAACCGGCUCCGCUUAA